AUGAAUUAUCUUUUUAUAAUCGGCUCUUUGAUAAUAUAUUCAAUUUUUGGCGAAUUAAUAUUGCUCACAAAAGGAGAUCAUUAUCAUGAGAUCUGCGAUAUAAACAAGCAUGAUUUUAACACAGAUUGCGAUGAGAAUUCCAUUUACAUCCAGGAACAUAAAGUUAAUGAGUAAAUUCAAUAACUAUAAAAAAAUGAAAUUGAACAAGUACUACGUCAUUUAUUAUCCCUUAGAUCCUCUACUACCCAAAUGAUUAGAACACCAUACUCAUCCUGGAAAAGAAUGGUAGAAUUACCAUCCUCUUUAAGGAUAAUCAACAAUUCAAUUCCCCCUUUAAAGAAUUGGGAACAAUCGAUCUCAACACCAAAGCCCUGCCUGAUUUCACCUGCAGCGACAUGACUCAAUACUCCCUUGAUAUUUUCAUGGCUGUUUGUAGAUCAGAUAAUGACAUCUACAUUUCCAAAAUUUAAUGCAUAGCUGAAGAAAAUAAAUACUUAUCUGGUUGCUCCUCGCAAUUGUUCUUAGACACAGAUCAACUAAACAACUGCGAUAACUUGAAUAUCAUCACUGAGAGUUCCUGGCGAGUCAAAGAUCCUGAGUACUUUAGCAUCUAUUGCUCCUCCCAAGAGAAUUUCCAAAUCACAAAGCAACUCUUAAUUGGUAAAUUCAACAGUCAAGCGAAUUCUAUAAGAAUGGUUCAAUUCCAAAGUCCCAUCAAUGAGAUUGAAAAGGUCUCUUUUUUCGAUGACAACACUCUCAUGAUAUUAGAUCAUCGAUCAGGGUUGCAUGUGUACAGAUUCACAUUCACAGAAGAUGGAGAAGUCAUGUACGAACAAUUGCUAUGGUAAUUAUUCUUACCCAAUGAAUUGUUUUAUGCACUCAGCUACUCACAUGAACAAUAUGCCAUCAGAUUCCCACCCAUAGGAAUCAUCGAAAAUGACAUCCAAUACAGCAUUGUGAUACUGAGCGAUCACUUCAUCUACGAAUUGGCUUUGCCUCAAUAAUCUAAGGACUUCUUCUUCACCACUCUAUCCAUUAAUGAUAAAAUUAAUCUCAACACCAUACUGAACCGUAAGUAAAUCAAGAAGGCGUAGAUUCAAUACGAUGAACAGUUCUAUUAUGCUUGCUUUACCUAUAUCGAAAAUUUGAUCGAAUGUUACAGAAUCAAUAGACAUCAAUCCUACACCUAAAAGUUACUGCUUCAAAAUAAUUACCAACAUCCUAUGCUAUUGACUUAUCCUGUCUCAUUCUCCACGAUAACUGGACAAACCAACAUACUGAUUACUCAGCAGGUGAAUCAAACUCAUGCCAUUCUGUCCCUAAUCAAAAAUGAAAUAGAAAGACUUACUGUAGUGUCCAACUCAAAUGAGGAGUUUCUGUGUUCUAUUGUGUAUAAAAACAUGAACAAUCAAAAUGUUACCCUCAUGAUCUUUAAUCAACAAUUCGAAAGCACAAAUGUAUUCAAAAUAGACCAUCUGCAGAAUUACAAUUUUCCCAAUACUGAUUCUACCGUCCUUUAUUCAACCUUAAUAAGGGGGCCUGCCACCAUACUUUCACCCAAAAGCGACAAGAAAAGUAAGUAUCAAUCAUAUUUUAGAUUAGAUGUCGAAGUCAUAAGCCUUUCUGGCUUUGGAUAUGAAAUGUGGGAAGACUUAUAUUAACACUUUAUAUAGCAUUCUCGCAUCCCCAUUAAAUCAUUCUUAGAUAAAGGGUUUAGAACUAUAUUCUUGUAAAUUGAUUAAGUGAAAAUGAUUAUUCAAUAGGAAAUACCCAAUACGAAUUAUUUUACUUAGAAGAUCUACACUUUGGAUUGCUCAUCAGUCAAUAUUGUAAAGAAUAUCGUCAGCAUUUCGCCAUAUUACAUAAUAUUCUAUUAGAAAACCACCUAUUACACUGUCUUGAAGAUAAAGAGAGUGGAAGAGGGCGUUGUAGAAUUUGAUUGUUAGAAUAUAGAGUAUCCACUCUUCGAUCAGCAGUACGAAGUCUUUGUAGAUCUAGAUUAUAUCAAUUUGUUCUUCAGCACAAAUAACACUAUCUAUUACGCUGACAUUUACUUCACAAACCUAAUUACUAUAGAAAUCGAUCGUAAAUUUAGACAAUUGAAUUUUCAAUUUUUAAAGAAUGAUCUCAUUAUAGGAAGUCACCAGAACAAAUUAUAUUAGAUUCAACUGGCAAAUCAAUUCAAAGCCAAUCAUUUUAAGACUAUCAUCGUAGAAAUAGAAUUGGGAUAAAUGACUCAUAACUUCAAAUUCUUUGUGUUGUAACUUAAAAAACCAAUACUGACAUUGGUGAUUGUAGAUGAUAGAAUAACACUCUACACAAUAGAUAAUUUACAAGAUAUUAAAUUUGAUUCAUUGUUACCCUAAUUCAAUAGCAUAAUCAAUGCAAAUGAAACCUAUAUAAAUUAUUAUAUGCUAAUAGUGCCAACCAACAAGCCAAAUGAACUGUAUGUCUAUGAUUUGUCAAAGACUGGAUCAGAUAGAUUGCAUGCAAUCCACAAAUAUUCAGUUUUGUCAGAACCAAUAACUAUAUGUUACCCUAGGAUGUAGACUUUCCUAUACUGUCUGUAGUUCACAAAUGCCAACAUCAAUUGCUACUUUAAUAAAAUGCUUGAAUUUGAACUCAUUGCCUCUGAUCCAACCAAUAUUGACAACCAAUUCUCAGUUGCUAUCAAUGCCUAAUCUGCGUUAAGCUACAGUGUAUAAAGUACUAUUUUAUUAAUCCAAUUUAUAGAGACUCUGACAAUCAAUGGUAGUUUUAGGUAUUAGGACACAAUGAUAGAGAAGAGUGUAAAAAGAUUGCCAGAAAUCGAAAUCUACAAGACCAACUUCACCACUUCAUUAAAGAUUAUGGAUUACUAUUCAGGUCCUAUUUUCAAUUACCAAUUGUAAAAUGCUAAGGAAUUCAACAUUAAAAUGGUGCCGUUCAUCUGGGAAUAGGAGGAUAAUCUGGUUAGAUUUAAAAUUGAUUAAACAAUCCUAGGAACUAGUGUUUCUAAAGAGUACUUAAUCAUCUUGGGAGAUGAAACCAUAGGCAUCAUAGAUAUUCCUUAGACUCAAUGUAAAAUAUAUCGAAUAACAUAGAUCACAAAUAGGUAAUUUAGAGUACUAUAGAAUACGACGAGAUCAAGAAUGUGUUCUUUGAUUAGGAUUAACCUACUGUCAACAAUUGUACGAAAUCCUUCAUCAAUCCAUUGUCAAUUGCAGAAUUAUCAGCCAUUCAUGUGAUAGCAUUGUUUUGCUAAUCUAUGAUGGUUAGAGUUGAUGUUACUAAUUAGAUCAACUAGUUGAGUUUCACAAUCCUAUCUGACAAUCAACCAAUUGAAAAAUAGUUUUUGGAGAAUUUCUUCUUCCUAAACAUCAAUUUCAAAGAUUUCUUAUACUAAAAUUAAAGUUCCUUUAUUUUGGAAGAUGUGAAGAUGAUCAAUUUUCCAAUUCAAUUCAAACCCAAAUACAAAUUCAUCACUAUCACAGCUAUGGUCAAGGGAAAUAAAAGAUAUGACACAGAAGACAGGGCAAGAGAUAACUUGAUUUGUAUCUUCUAUGGGUACUUAGAUUAGAGUAAGAGUUCACUUUUGAAUGGGUCACUUUUGGAUGUGAUUGGAGCAGCCAAUUUUAAUAAAAAUACAUUGAUAGUCAACAAUUUUCAGAUGUAUUGUAUUAAGGGGUGUGCCAUUCAAGAUGCCAAUAAUAUCUAGAUUGAUACCAUAAUCGAACUAGUAUUCAAUGACCAAUAUUCAUUUAAUCUCUUUAAGUUGUAGAUUAGUUUCACAUACUAAUCGAAUAAAUCACCAUAGUAUAGGUUGUUAAAUGUGGAAACUCUGAACAUCAAAGAACUAAGUAAGAAUGAUAAUUUUAUGUAUUUAGUGAGUAAUUUUGUGCAGAAUCAAAUUGAAUUCACGUAUAUUGAUACUGAAGUUGAAUUUCAGAAUGAGUCUACUUAUACAAUUAAUGUAACUACGGAUUCCCUCAGUUUCGAUUUAGUUCAAAUAUAGGGGCGAAUUGAAAUUGAAUAGAUUUUUAAGUAUGAUAGAAAAUUGAAUUAGACAAUACACUCAAUGUCAGAGUCCACCUGGAUCAUUGAAAGCAUCCUACAAUGAGUAUUUUGCCAUUAGUUGUAGAAAUACAUCUAGAAAUUACUCUGAGCAAACUCAAUUUGUGAAGUUGUUCUUGAGGGGACAAUAGUAGAUAAAUCAUUCAGUGAAAUCAGUCAUCCAAGCUGCUGAGAUACAGGGGAAUCUGAUGUUGCUAGACAUACAAAAGGGGUAUUUGAAUGAGCGUGUUCGUAUGCUAGUUUUGGAAUAAGACAAUAACCAAUAGGACUUUUAAUUAAGAUGGUUCACUCUUAAUGAUCAAUUUACAUUAAUAGUAACUCGCAUUAUAAUAAUAUUUUAGGCUGAUUAAAAUAGCACUCCUAAGAGUCUAUUGAAUGUGUAAUUAUGUCCAAGUAAUCUAAACGAGAUUUAAGGUUUAUGCAUGGAUAUAACAAUAUCAAAUACUGGAUAUAAGCAAUAUAUAAAAACAGAAUGGUUGCUCUUUGCGUUUUUGAUUGGGUUGCCAUUGGUAAUAAGUUGUAGUUUCAUCAUAUUUUGCAUUAUCAAUUAUAAGGCGGAGAAGCAAAAAAGAGUGGAAUCGUUUGGAAUGAAUCUUGAACAAUAACUAAAGAAAUAAUCCUCUCAUUUGUAAUUAAAGAUGGAAGAUACUAUUUAUUGAAUUAAUAUAUAUUUUAAAGUAAU